AAAUAUUUUAUUAGUGAACAGAACUGGGAUUUCAAGGUUCUUUUCUUUUCUUUUCUUUUCCAAAAAAAAUAAAAAAUAAAAAUUCAACCAAACACCUGCGGUCCUAUUUGCAGGCUAUGUUUAACUCUCCUGUGUUUAUAUCAGCACUCUCCCAAGUGCUGAUGUAAACGUAUUACGUCACCACAAAGUCUUAAUGUGCACAUUUUUCACAUUCUGGCAAAACCUAAAACUACUUCAGCUCUCAGUUCCUUAUUUUUUUAUAGUGCUCAACAUAUUAGGCUCCAAAACUUUUAGGUGAGAGGAGUCAUGCGCUCAUGGGUCCGUGCUGGGGAGAAGAGACCGUCGUGCGCUCCGUUCAUCUGCGCUGCCGCGGUUCUUUUCUUCUCUCUGCCACAAAAUAAUAGUAAUCGAGUCUCACUAUCGGAAAUGCGCUCAGGAGCGACCAACGGUGCGGGAACGGGACGCGAUUCCGGUACCGAAGUGUCAAAGGUCUGAUUUUACCUGCAGCGACUCCUCCGGUUUCACUGCAGGACGCCACACUGCGUCAGCAACAGCUGCCCUGCAGCCCCGGGCUGGAAGGAGAAGAAUUGCGUCCUCAGUGUAAGACUUGAAAGAAGACAUUGUUUUAUUUUUCUGUUUUCUUGGAUUCUGUGGAAAUAUUUCUGUUCCCGUGCAAGCUCCUUCUAGGGAAACCCCGGCAAGGCGGUAUCCCUUCGCAAUGCAAAGAUGGCGCCGCUGCUUCCUCCCCCAGGCACCGAUGCGUUUCGCCCCUUUACUCGGGAAUCACUGGCGAAGAUCAAGAGGCUCAAGGAGGAAAGGAAAAAAGCAGCAGAAGUAAAGGCUGAUGACGAGGAAGAACCAGCAACCCCGAAUGCUGAUCUGGAGGCAGGCAAGGGUCUGCCCAUGAUCUAUGGGGACCCUCCACCAGAGCUGCUCAACACACCCCUGGAGGACAUAGACCCCUUCUAUGAAACACAGAAAACAUUCAUUGUGAUCACCAAAGGAAACACGAUCUUCAGGUUCAACGCAGAACCGGCGUGCUACAUUCUGAGCCCCUUUAGUUUGGUUAGGAGAGGAGCCAUCAAAAUUCUCAUACAUUCAUUAUUUAGCAUGUUCAUCAUGAUUACAAUUCUAUCGAAUUGUGUGUUCAUGACGAUGAGCAACCCACCAGCAUGGAGUAAAACUGUUGAGUAUGUUUUUACUGGUAUUUAUACCUUUGAGGCAACAGUUAAAGUGUUGUCUCGAGGUUUCUGUGUUGGAUCUUUUACAUUCCUUCGAGAUCCAUGGAAUUGGCUGGAUUUCAUGGUGAUCAGCAUGGCUUACGUCACUGAGUUCGUUGACCUCGGCAAUGUGUCUGCUCUGAGGACGUUUCGUGUUCUUCGAGCCCUUAAAACAAUUACUGUGAUUCCUGGUUUGAAAACAAUUGUAGCUGCUUUGAUCCAGUCAGUGAAGAAAAUGGGGGACGUGAUGAUUCUGACAGUCUUCGCCCUUGCGGUUUUUGCACUCGUCGGUCUUCAGCUUUUUAUGGGAAACCUGCGACAGAAAUGUGUGCGAUGGCCCAUCCAAACAAAUGACACCAUGUUUGAAAUCUUUAACGCCACCUCUUCAUUCAAUAACACAGUGGACUUUAACAACACAACUGGUUUCAAUGAUACAUAUACCAACAGCACCUUCAAUUUCACAGCAUAUAUUGAAAACUCAGAGAAUCACUACUUUCUGGAAGGCAGCCAAGAUGCUCUGAUUUGUGGAAACAGCUCCGAUGCUGGGAAGUGCCCCGAAGGAUACACAUGCAUGAAGGCUGGGAGGAACCCAAACUUUGGCUACACCAGCUUUGAUUCUUUUGGCUGGGCCUUCCUUGCCCUCUUCAGGCUCAUGACCCAGGACUACUGGGAGAACCUUUUCCAGCUGAUCAUGAGGGCAGCUGGUAGGACAUACAUGAUGUUCUUUGUAGUCGUUAUCUUUCUGGGCUCCUUCUACCUCAUCAAUCUUAUCCUGGCUGUGGUAGCCAUGGCUUAUGAUGAACAGAAUCAGGCAACUCGGCAAGAGGCCAUUGAAAAAGAGGAGGAGUUCCAGCGGCUACUAGAGCAAGUCAAGAAUCAAGAGCAGGCUAAGAUGCUCGGUAGCCAAGGCACUCUAACCAGCAAGAACUCGCUCAGCCAUCAUACUGGGUCCGAUUUGGCAGAUGAUGAACAGAGCCUUGACCGUGAUGAAAUUGUCAAAGAUUGCAAUGGGAGAAUUGUUCCACGUCUUAUUAUCAGAGCACCUACCAUGAAAGAGUCUGCCAUGGAUUAUGAAUGCAGAGAGAAGUCACUGGGCUCCGUUCACAGCAUGCUUCAACUGGACGAACCAUGCAUGACAGAGAGAACUGCUAGUGCUCUGACUGUGCUCACUGCAGCUGCCAUGGAAGAGUUGGAGGAGGCUCAGAGGCCAUGCCCACCUGGCUGGUACAAAUUUGCUGACCUUUUCCUGAAGUGGGACUGCUGUGCCCCCUGGGUGGUCUUUAAAAAGUGGGUAUACUUUGUUGUGAUGGACCCUUUUGUUGACCUGGCUAUCACUAUCUGCAUUGUGCUCAACACCCUCUUCAUGGCCAUGGAGCACUACCCCAUGACCCCGGAGUUUGACUAUAUGCUGUCUGUGGGGAAUCUGGUUUUUACAGGUAUUUUCACAGCAGAAAUGGUCUUUAAGCUUAUUGCUAUGGAUCCCUACUACUACUUUCAAGUUGGCUGGAACAUAUUCGACAGCAUCAUUGUCACACUCAGUCUGGUGGAGUUGGGGCUGGCAAAUGUUCAGGGUCUGUCAGUCCUCAGGUCAUUCCGUCUGCUUCGAGUUUUCAAACUGGCAAAGUCCUGGCCCACUCUCAACAUGCUCAUCAAGAUCAUUGGUAACUCAGUAGGGGCUUUAGGAAACCUGACUUUGGUGCUGGCCAUCAUUGUCUUCAUUUUCGCCGUCGUGGGCAUGCAGCUCUUUGGCAAGAACUACAAAGACUGUGUGUGCAAGAUCUCCUUGGACUGUGAAUUGCCGCGCUGGCACAUGAACGACUUCUUCCACUCAUUUCUCAUCGUGUUUCGCAUCCUGUGCGGGGAGUGGAUCGAGACUAUGUGGGACUGCAUGGAGGUUGCCGGAACUGGGAUGUGUUUAGUUGUCUUCAUGUUGGUCAUGGUCAUUGGAAAUCUAGUGGUGCUGAACCUCUUUUUGGCCUUACUGCUCAGCUCGUUCAGUGGAGACAACCUUUCUGCAGGAGAAGAUGACGGAGAGAUGAACAAUCUCCAGAUUGCCAUUGGCAGGAUCACACGGUUCAUCGACUGGUUUAAAGCGUUCAUCAUUCAAACUGUCUUGCGGACUCUUGGCAGAAAGCCCAAGGAGCCUGACGAGGGCCCUGCUGAUGACGUUGACCCUAAAACGGAAGGAAUUGAAAUGAACCAUUUGGACACCGGUCAGACUUUCAAACUGGCAGAUGGGAUAUCAGAUUGCCUAGUUGAAGGCCGGCCUUCUGGAUUUAUUGUGGAUGGAGAGUUUAGUCUUAGUGUGCCAAUUGCCCAGGGAGAGUCAGACUUUGAAAAUCUGGGAGAGGACGAUCAGGAUGAUGAAGAUGAAACCAGUGAUUCCAAUGAUGAUAAUCACUCUGAGAGUUUAGAUGAGGGACAUAGCCAACAGAAUACCGAAAAUGUGAAAGAUCAAAUUAGUAUCCCAGGAAAUAUCAAACUGAUGGGUGCUCGGAAUGAUGAGGAUUCUUCAGUAUGCAGCACAGCGGGCUAUCAACCACCUGAGCCUGAACCGGAAAUAGAAGAGCCAGAGCCACUGGAGCCAGAGGCGUGCUUCACUGACAACUGUGUGAGGCGCUGGCCAUGUCUGAUGGUGGACAUCACCCAAGACAAAGGCAAAAAAUGGUGGAACCUCCGCAAGACCUGCUUCACUAUUGUGGAGCAUGAUUGGUUUGAAACCUUCAUAAUCUUUAUGAUCCUCCUCAGCAGUGGAGCUCUUGCUUUUGAAGAUAUAUACAUAGAAAAGCGCCGAACGAUCAAAAUAAUUCUGGAGUAUGCUGACAAGAUUUUCACCUACAUCUUUAUCAUCGAGAUGCUCCUUAAAUGGGUUGCAUAUGGCUUCAAGACCUUUUUCACCAAUGCCUGGUGUUGGCUAGACUUUUUCAUUGUAGAUAUUUCCCUGAUUAGUUUAGUUGCCAACUGGAUGGGCUACUCUGACCUUGGGCCAAUCAAAUCCCUCAGAACCCUCAGAGCACUAAGGCCUCUUCGAGCUCUAUCAAGAUUUGAAGGGAUGAGGGUGGUGGUAAACGCUCUUGUUGGAGCAAUUCCCUCCAUCUUCAACGUGCUACUCGUGUGUCUGAUUUUUUGGCUCAUCUUCAGCAUCAUGGGAGUUAAUUUGUUUGCUGGGAAGUUCUACCGCUGCAUCAACACCACAUCGGAGGAGCUUUUCCCCAUCACUGAAGUCAAUAACCGGAGCGACUGCAUGGCCAUCAAAGAAGCGACACAGGACGCCCGCUGGGUCAACAUGAAAGUAAACUAUGACAACGUUGGACAAGGCUACCUGUCCUUGCUUCAAGUGGCAACUUUUAAAGGUUGGAUGGACAUCAUGUAUGCUGCUGUUGACUCAAGAGAGGUUGAAGAGCAACCAUCCUAUGAAAUCAACCUCUACAUGUACAUGUACUUUGUCAUCUUCAUUAUCUUUGGCGCUUUCUUCACACUUAACCUCUUCAUUGGUGUCAUUAUUGACAACUUUAGUCAGCAAAAGAAAAAGUUUGGAGAUGAAGACAUCUUUAUGACUGAUGAACAGAAAAAGUACUAUGAAGCCAUGAAGAAACUUGGUUCCAAGAAGCCACAGAAGCCAAUUCCUCGUCCAACGAACCUAAUCCAGGGCAUAGUGUUUGACUUCAUCAGUCAACAAUUCUUUGACAUCUUCAUUAUGGUCCUCAUUUGCCUCAAUAUGGUGUCUAUGAUGGUGGAAACAGAUGACCAAAGUGCAGAGAAGGAGGAUUUCCUCUUUAAGCUAAACGUGGCUUUCAUUGUGGUCUUCACUGGAGAGUGUGUGUUGAAGGUCUUUGCCCUGCGGCAGUACUACUUCACCAAUGGAUGGAACAUUUUUGAUUUUGUCGUGGUCAUCUUGUCAAUAGCUGGUACGAUGCUCUCAGACCUAAUUGAGAAGUACUUUGUGUCACCAACUCUUUUCAGGGUGAUCAGACUGGCCAGGAUAGGCAGGAUUCUACGUCUUAUUAAAGGAGCUAAGGGCAUUCGGACGCUUCUAUUUGCCCUGAUGAUGUCCCUACCUGCUCUAUUCAAUAUUGGUCUCCUACUCUUCCUCAAUAUGUUCAUUUUCUCUAUAUUUGGGAUGUCAAACUUUGCCUAUGUCAAAAAGGAGGCUGGGAUUGAUGAUAUAUUUAAUUUUGAAACAUUUGGAGGAAGUAUUAUCUGCUUGUUCCAGAUUACAACAUCUGCAGGCUGGGAUGGACUUCUACUUCCGAUGCUGAACCGGGAGCCUCCAGACUGUGAUCCAGAUUUUGAGCAUCCUGGCACGAAUGUAAAGGGCAAUUGUGGAAGCCCUGGCAUGGGCAUGAUGUUCUUCUGCAGUUACAUCAUCGUCUCAUUCUUGGUGGUGGUCAACAUGUAUAUCGCGAUCAUCUUGGAGAACUUCAAUGUGGCACAGGAGGAAAGCAGUGAUCCACUCUGCGAGGACGACUUUGAGAUGUUCAAUGAGACAUGGGAGAAAUUUGACAUUGAUGGAACUCAGUUUAUUGAGUAUAGCCAGCUCUCAGAUUUUUGCGAUACCUUGCAGGAGCCACUGAAGGUUGCCAAACCCAACCUGUUCCAACUGAUUGAAAUGGAUCUCCCCUUGGUUGCUGGAGAUAAGAUCCACUACUUGGAUGUGUUGAUGGCUGUCACUCAGUUGAUCUUGGGAGACACAGUGGAGAUGGAAGCAAUACGGAAUAGCACUGAGGAAAAAUUUAAGGAUAGCAAAGACACCUUUGCACCAGUUAUCACAACGGUGCGCCACAAAGAAGAGCAGAGAGCUGCUGUGGUUAUUCAGAGGGCUUACCGCAGCCAUCUUCUGAGGCGCUGCUUAUGCCAUGCAGCUUUUAUGCAUCGAUCUAAGAAGAUGGGGAGAAAGAAAGAAGGUGACGAUCCACCAGAAAAAGAAGGGUUGCUUGCACGAAGGUUAGGGGUUCUCUAUGGGAGUAAUGCAGAGCUUGCUGAGGAAAUGGAGCAAGCUGCUUUAGAAACUUUGGCAAGACAACAGCCCUCUAAUCCUGAGGCACUGUCACAUUACAGAGAUGCACGGUGGUGUCCAGAAACCCCUGAGCAAAAUAUUGUUGUUGUUCCUGUAGAAGUCACUAGUGAGGUUUUAUUGCACUCUGCCCCCAACCAGCACCUCUUGACUCUACAAGCAAACCUGAGAGAGUCAGUUGUAUAGUAAACUGCAUAAUAUAAUUAUUUAUCUCUUCCCUCUAUUUUUUUUUUUUACCAGUGAUGGAAACUGUUCUUGUUAAUGUAUAAGUGUCGCUGAUAUGCUUUUUAACUCUAGAUAAAGAAGAGGCUAACUGAUGUUUCAGUUUUUAUCCCUAAACUUAAGAAUCUAUUCCUCUUUUUUUCAUGCUAUAUUUAAUUUUCUCGGGUAUUGAAAGUGAAACUGAAGUGUGUACUGCCAAGCAGGUUCAAAAUAACAGGGGUUUUGUGUGCAAAAGUGUGCGUUAACUGCCUUGACAAAACCUAAAGGUUCAGUUUUAGGGAGUUCAGUUGGUGGUGGUGGUUCACAAGUGGUGGUUACCAACUUUCUCUGUUAACCCCAGUUUUCUGUUUCAGGCUCAGGGAGAUUUGAUGCCUUGUCUAACUCUUCUUCUGCACAAAAUAAACAAAUUGCCUUGCUUCAGUAGGGAGGAACAGGAGGGUUAUAAAUCACAUAACAAUUCUUACAGCAAAAUCAAACAAAAAUAACAAAUGUGAUGAGAAGAACACACCAGAAAACUGCUAAUGUUGUAAAUCCACAUGUGAAUAUAUGUGUUUUACCGUUCUCGUCAGUUACACAUAGGAGGUCUGAAACUUCAAACUAUAUUUCAUCAUGAUAUUGAUGAACGAUAAUGAAGGAAUAAACAUGAAAUCAUAUAUAUACAUUUCAUGCAUCAUCAAAUUAACGUGUGCUAAUUCUCGUGGCAAUGCGAAGCUUGAAGUUUGCGCUGUUGCAAUUAGAUUGGGGUAUAAGGCUAAUAAUAGUCUAUGGCUCAGCUGGUAUUAAAAUAAUAUCCUCUCAGCUCAGAAUCAUAUUUCAUUAAAAGAACUUUUGAAAACACAACACUUACAGCUAAUUAUACCUAACCUAUCCGGGUUAAAAGAGGGUCACAUUAGUGACACUAAAAACUCUGGUUGAAGUCUGAACAUACCUUGUCGUACACCCCUCAAUAUAUAUUGACUUUCCCUCAUAGAAACAUAAACAUUAACAAAAUUGGUCAAGGAAAAUUGUGAUUUAAUGCACAAUUCAAAAAUAAUGAAACAGUAAAAUAUGAUUUCUUUCAGUUUAACAGAAAUACAAGAUCUAAUAUUUAUUUUAGCCUUUAUUAUCCAAUGAAAAUAUGCUAGACUUUACUGUAGGCUGAAACAUUACUGUGGACUAGAAUCUGUUUUAUGGUAAAUUUCUAGUGGGAAGAAAACAAACAAACAAACAAAAAAAAACAGAAACAAAAACAAAGGCAAAACCUAAAUUGAGAUAAGCUAACAAUAACAUGAAAAAUAUGACAGGGGAUGUGAACAUGAAUCAGAACAGAUGUAUUGCAAAAACUAUGAUGAAAAACAUGAACAUGAAUCAAAGCUUGAAAAUAAUCCUGUGACUUGAAGUCUAUGAUGCUAGACAAUCAGAUAACCCGACACUGAACAGAGACCGACAGAGGACCUAAAUACACAGGAUAAUAAUAAUGAUAAUAAUGAGGGAAGUGGAAACACCUGGGGAUAACGAGCUGACACAAAUGAAUCUGAAUGCAACAGGGGAAGUACAACUAAACACACUGAACAUGGAACACAGACCCUUCAAAGUAAAACAGGAAACAACAGAACGUAGACAAGACAACACAAGCUUGACAACGUGAACACAAAGACAUUACAAAUGACAGACUUCACAGAGGACAGGAAAACACUCAUAUCAGGAGACAGAGACGAAACAUAAACUCAACUAAAACAAGCUAAUAAUACUAGAACUUAACAUUAUCUCAAUAUAUAAGAAGCAAAGAAAAUACAAAAUAACACAAAAAUGCUGGAUCACAGACCCAGCCCCCUGCCAUAUAAGAGCAAAGUUUCUGAACAUAUUUCAGUUCAGAAUGUAAAUGUAUUUUAAAGCAUAUUAUAGUUGAAGCUUUUAUUUGGGCUUAGCAAUUAAUGCACUGAUCAUUUUUGUCUUUAUAUAAUUAGAGUUUAGUAUACAGUUUAAAAUUAUUUCAUAGUGUCCUUACAGUUAAAGAACUCACGAUAUGCUUUCUUUUUUUCUGAAUAUGACAUCAUUUCAGCUCUAUUAACAGUCCCAACAGAAUAUUUUAUAUGGUAAUAUGCACAAAUCACUACUUUAUCAUGAUAGCCAUGUUAUUUCAUUUAGGUUUAACAGCAACAACAACAAUAAUGAUGAUGAUGAUGAUGAUGAUGAUGAUGAUGAUAAUAAUAAUAAUAAUAAUAAUAACAAUUAUUAUUAUUAUUAUUAUUAUUAUUAUUAUAAAUUGUAUUUAUCAAUUUAUCAGCACAUUUUAAAACACCCAAGGACACCAUACAAUAGAUGAACAAAAACUAAUAAAAAAGAGAAAUAUAAAAGCAUAUAAAAAAAAUGAGUCUAAAUCUAAUGACAGGAAAAAAGGGGUUUAAAACAGAUGGAUUUUGAGCUUGGAUUUUAAAAGUAGUAAUUAAUCAUAAUUCAUGUUAUCAGAAGGUAAAGAGUAUAAAAGACUAAUAUUAGUGUUUUAUUAUUAAUUAGAUACCAGAUGACUUUCUAUGGGGAAUCUGUUUUGUACACAGGCAAAUAAAUUGCUAUAAAAUAGGGUCCCUGGAUCUCAUUGUCAGUCUCUUUUUGUGAAACUACUUAUUAGUUAACAAUGGGGUUAACUAAGCCCCCGUGGUGUGGCUAAUAUAGUUAGCAUCUGUUCCUAACAGGCUCAUUCAGACAGGCCCACUUUAUAUUGGACUAUUUAUGUCCCUCCAAGUCAAAUAAGAGCAGUUAACUGCACUCCACUGAAUGAUUUCAAAGGUUAUUUCCCACUCAUACACUGUAUGCAUGUUUAUAUUUAUAUUUUUUGGUCCCUUCAGAUUUCAGAUGUUCUCAAAACUUAAAUCAGCCAUGUUUGGCCAUUUCAUUGCUGGAUUUCCCUUUCAGCAUUCAGGUUUGAACAUUGCCUGUAAACUUACAAUGUGAUGUUUUUAUGUUAAUGUGGCUGCAUUAGAGAACUGCUAAGCACAUACUUACUUGCUGUGCAUUAAAAGGAAGUUUCGUCUCAGGUUAGAUCACAAGAUGCAAGGCACACACAUUGAAUGGUUGAAAAAAAAAAAAAUGUGCCACUUUCCAAAAUGUAGUUAAUCAGAUCUUUUUACAAGAAACCCUGCAGUGGAUCUAGUCAUAUAAAGAUUAAUUCUCUUGCUUUUGUCUAAGUCUUAAUAGAAAUUAUGAUGUCUUACUUUAAAUAUAUGGUACUGUGUAAAACUUGCAGGCAGUUUUAAAAGUAAUUUUAUAUAAACAUAUUUUUUUAAAUUUAGCAAUAAACUUCAUUUAAAGUGCAGUAAACAUGAAAAAAAAUCAAAUAAAAUCACAAAUAAAAGGUACCGCUCCUCUUUGGUACUUUGUCAUGUACUAUUAUUAUUAUUAUUGUUUUAUUUUUUCAUUUUAAUUUGCACAGGUAGGUUGUCCCAAGGAUCCUAAAGACUUUCCUUGACUGUUUUGUGGAUUUAGGCUUUCUCGUUUUUUUCUCUUCAUGUAGUUCUUGACACACAAAAGGUGUUGAUAUCUGAUCAGAUGCCCCUUUACAUUCUGCACAGUACUGUAUAUACAUGAAUAACAUAUGCACUUUUACAGUUUUCUAGCUUGUGUUUUUUUUAACAAUAGGCAAUAAGAUGUCUAUUUUCAUUUGAGUUUGACACUGUUCCAAUGUCAUCUUUGGAGAAGGUACAUAAAUUAUGAAUGUUUCCUCCACAAGGGGUCUCUCUUGUCAUAUCCUGCUGCUACAGCAUGGCAGUUUUCCUGUCAGGAGACUGUAAUGUGACCAUCCGGACUCCUAUGUGAGACUGAGACACUGCUGCACCACUCAUCUAUAGUGUCCUCUGAUGGGACAGUCAUAUUCACAAGACAGUGUCCUCUUUUUGUUUACAUUUCUACUGGAGGAAAAGACACAUGGGGAGCUUUGCUGGUACAACCUACAAUCACCUACAAUGUUGCUUGUACAUACUUUUUUCUUUUUUCCUUCUGAACUGUACAUUUAUAUCAUUUUGUUAUUUUAAAACUAUAUUGUUAGAAUAAAAUAGCUAUUGUAAGGAAAAGUAGGCUGUGCGAUCACGUUGUCAGUUAUUACUUUGUCUUGUCUGUGAAAUUGCAUUGAUGCACUGUAGCCCUCUGCUGGUGGAGAGGUCGACAGGCCACACUAAAAACUGAAGAUGGAAAACAACCAAGAGAGCACAAUGUAGUGACUUUUUACUCUUUAAAAAAGCCACUGGGUAGCAGCUAUAGUCAGACUUUUUAAUGAUCUAUGCUUUACAUUAAUCUGUAUGUCUAUGAGUGUCCAUCUUUUUGCAUAAUUAUAAGAAAUGUAGGUUAAUGAGUAAGAAAAAGCACAUUAAAAAAACCUCAUUACCAAGGAGCAACACUUCGAGAGCUCUACUUUUACCUCCUUAAAAACAACUUACAACUGUUAAACAUGUGCAAUGUGUUUGUUUUUUUUAAUGGACAAACCAUUUUUAUUAACAGGGGAUUAAACGAGGCCUUAACUUGAUAGCAGGUUCUAUGUUGAAAAAUAUGCAUUCAGUGACUUUUUCAAGCGUGAGUGUCAGUAGAUUAAAAAACACCCUGUUUCUGACAUGAAGUGGGACGAUGGGAUUUUUGAUUUAUUUGCAUUUUAUGUCAUUUCAUUCUGCCUCACCCAGCUGGAGAUCACCUCUGCAAAUGCAUGUUUCUAGUGCCUGUUUUUUGCCACCUGGUUUUCAAUGCUACUCUUUUUUGGGUUGUUUUUUUCUUUAGGUCCUAAUGUCUAGUAAACCAAAAUGGUUAAGGUUGAUAACAUUUUUUUAACAAGUAGGGUUAAUCCAGAAUUUUUACAUCAAACAAUUAGAAAAUUGUAAAUUGGUCUGUCACAAUUAAGAGCCAAACACCAAAUGACAUUUAAUUUUGUAGAUUUUGUGCUUGCAUUUUACUUUUGAUUGAUUAAAUAAAUGUUA